ACUNCAGAUUGUCCCAAAGCUGCAGUCCCGUUCACGGCUUCAAAUGGAAAGUUCAGCAGUCCUGGUUACCCCCAAGAUGUCCCUCCUGGUCUAGAUGCGGCUAAUAAUCAGGCCUGUACCUGGAAAAUCACUGUAACUGCUGGGAAACGUGUUAAGUUGAAUUUUACUUCUCUCAGUUUUGGUCAAUGUUCUACUCUAUGCAGCCCCAGUGAAGAGAAGACUCAAUGUACACAUCUGGACAUCUAUGAUGGUGACUCUAAGAACUCUUCUAAAUUGAGGCGUUUCUGUCCUGGUUCUGCUAUGGAAGUGACAGUGUCAGGUGGCAACCAAGUGUUUGUGGAGUUUGAAUCUGGCUUUUCCAAUGAUCGUGGCACUGGUUUUGAAGUACAAUACUCUGAGACUUUAGAUGACCCAUCACCAAAAACCAUUUGUCCAAAGGUAGCAAUUCCUCUCUCAGGUAGUGGGAAAAUAAGCAGCACAAACUACCCAAAGAGUAACUACACUGCGUCCAGGAAUUGUACCUGGAAAAUUACCGCCCCAGCUGGCAAGACUGUAAUGUUUGUGUUUACUGACUUCGCCUUAAGUGAGUGUUCAGCCAAACCUUGUUCGGAUUCUUGUUCUUAUGUGGAGCUUUAUGAUGGUGGGUCAACAAGUUCUUCUCCGCUGGGGCGAUUUUGUCGGGGGUCGUCAUGGAACAAGCCUCAAUUCUCGACUGGGAACCAACUGUUUGUGAUGUUUCAUCCUGGACAAACAGUUGAUCGUGGAUUUAAGGCGGAAUAUUCAGUGUCAUCUCUCACUACAACAUCACCACCUGAAACAGAAACAAAACCAACAGGGGAGACCGCAACCACCGGUAUAUCGAAAACGACUGGUGCAUCAACAACGACUGGUGUCAAUCAUAAUCGAGCGCUAUCAUCAAAGGAAGUCUUAUCGGCAGGCGUCGUCCUGGCAAUGGUAGUGGGUGUUAUUAUUCUGGUCAUCGUCCUUGGGGCUUUGUGCUAUCUUUGUCCCAGCUGUCGUCGUCACUGCUGUCAUUGUCACCGCUGCAAUUGUCACCGCUGUAAUUGUCACCGCUCUCUUUGUCUUUGCUGUCCCGGACAAAACAAGACCGGGCUUAUGGUGGCUACAUGGGAUGAACAAAGCACAAAGAACCAAGGCAACUGCAAUUCUAAUGCCAGUGAGUCCCAUGAGUUAAAAAACUUUCCCUGACGAAGGAUAUGAGUGAAGUUAAGCGAGUUGAAGACUGUGUUUAUGAAUAGCCCGUUCCAGGCUCAGUCAGAGAAACGAGUAAAAGAACGAACGCACGGCAACAAACAGUUCUUAUUGUUAAGGCAGCAGCUGCUUUACUACUGACCUUCUGUGGUUUUUCGCGCGCUCACUUUUUCGCUCAUUUUCAUGAACUGAGAGAAUGGAACCAGCUAGAUCAUUGAAUAAUUAUAAGGAAUUUAAAACAGUUGAGGGUAGGUUCAAAGAAGAUCACUUGCCGCUACAGCCAAAAAAUCUCGCCAUAGUCU